AGGAUUUGUGGUGACGUAUGCGGAAGUUUACAGUCAGCCGGAGUGUGAACGUGCCGCGAGAAAGCGAGUGAAAGAAUUUCCUUCGUGCUAGUAUCUUUUGGCGAUUAUCUACAAUGAAUUCUGUUUUAAUUAAUGCAAUGUUGUCUAUUUCUCCUAACUACGAGCUUCUAUUUGACACUCUGUGCUGGCCGGCAGACGUGUGGCCGGAGACGGAGCGCGUCGAGGCGCUGACAGCUUUUGUAGAAGGACUCGAGCAAUUUGUCGUCCAAUCAGAAACAAGUUCAUCGACAACCGCGAAAAGACCAUUUAUACAAGAUAAAAGCCAGUCCAUCAUUUGGACGCAAUGUCUGCCGCUUCUCUCCAGAAUAUCAGCACAAACGGAGGGUGUGCGCUGUAGGGAGAGCACAGCAGCUGUGUGCAGACUUGUGGCCGUCUGUGUCCGGUUAUGUGAGCCUGCUGUGGCGGGCCGAGCCGCUCUGGCCGUCCUGCCCUCGCUCCGGCUGUUCGAGGACGACCGACCCGGCGGAGGGACACUGAGUGUGGAGGUUGCUAGUGAAGUCCUGGCUGCCCUCCUUCCGUCUUUAACAGCAGAAGACCAGCUCACUUCGAACAUUUUGUCGUGUAUCUUGUCGGGCAUUAGAACUAUUCCAGACGGGUCGCUCUCCCGGGUCACCGUCCGACUCAUGUUAGCCCUGCUGGGCUCUUGCGAUGAUACAAAGCUCGGCAGCAUUCUCAGCAAGACUCUGAGCGAACUGUGCACCUGGCAUGCCUCGGAGCGUACACCUGCCGUAACUGAGCGAGCCCUGCUGUGUUUAACCGCCCUGUCAGACCACCUGCUGGCACCUACUGAGCCCGACCCUCGUCCCUGCCUCCUGUUCUGGUGGGUGGUUCAGGACGGACUCAUCCACAGAGAUAGCGUGUCCCGCAAGAGAGCACUGUACCUACUCAAAAGGUGUGUGGCAUCGUCACAGGAGCAGGGAGUGGACUGUCCUUCACAACAAGUGAGUGGUGAGGAGAUCUUGUUCAAAUGGAAAGCCAAAAGCAGCAAACUGCUCAGAGAGUUCUGGGAGGAUUAUGUACUGGUGAUGGAAACGUUGGAGGAAAAUCAGGUCCAUGUUGUCCGCCCAGUUCUGAACCGAAUUGACUCUCUUAUCCAAGCUACAGCAAAUAAAGGUCAGGACCUCUUUCACCCGUCGUGGCUGCUGUGUGUGUACCAACGGAUGUUCCACAGCGAGAAUAAAACCUUAAUGCGAGCAGGUGUGUGUCACCUGCUGGAACUUCAAGUCCUCCAACAGCCAGCCUUUGCUUCAGCUUUUUCUCAGUUUGUUGUUGGACCUUUCAUGGAUGUUCUGUCAGAAAUGUCGCUCUUCUGCAAGGCAGGUGGCCAGGGUGUUGGAGACUGUCCCGAGCUGGCAGUUAAACUCCAAAUCUUCUUGAAGACCUUCUUCAGCAGCCUGCCAACAGAGGACCAGGGCCGUGUGCUGCUGCUAUUGAUCCAGCAGCUUGGUUCAAAGCAUUGGUGUGCAGUGCCCCUCCUCUUCAUCUCUCAGGCUAUGUCCAAACUUGAUCCAAUUUCAAUAUUGGCGAUCGACGGGCUCACUGCCCUCAGGGAGGUAGUGCGCUGCACGAUGAUUACACAUCAAGUCCUCUUGAGAGGUGCUGCCCAGUGCUUCUUAUUGAAGAGCGCCCUCUGUCUCAUAGAUGUGAACACAGUGACCCUCGAUGAUGUCUUUACCUUCCUGGGCAAUUUCCGAGCUGAUGAGUCACUUUGUCGAGGCACAGCGCUUUGGAAUGAGGUGUGUGUCUGGCUCUCAAGCAAUGAAGGCAGUUUUAAGCCAAGUGAUGGAGAUGGCGUUGCCUCAAGCAAGGAAACCAUAAAAGCAUAUGUUCAGGGCAAAAUACAUGAGUUUCUAAGAGUUCCACCAUGCACUGGUCAGACAGAGAGCUUACCUGACCCCAAAGAGGCAGACAAGUUGGUGAGGUCCAUUCUGCUGUGCACUGACAUUGAGGAGAGUCAACGUGGAGCAACGAUUGGUGACAACCUCCAGUUGUUAAUGUCUCCUCUUGUGGACACUCUGAGUCGGGUCGGUACCAACAUCUACAUGCCUGUGAAGAAGAGUGACAAAAGCUUGCAGCUCGUCCUCCGACUGCUCCAGCUUAGAGAAACACAGAAAGCGCAUGUGGAUGAAGUGACAGCUGCUUUGGAGGGGCUAAUUUUCCAGUUUCUAGAUUCAAUCCAGGAGUUCAUCACGAGGCGUGUGUGUGGGGAACUGCAGGAGUUGUGUGAUGUGGAGCGGGCAGAGCUGUAUUUGUGUGUCUUAAAGCAGCUGGCCAUGCACAGUUGUACAAUUCAACAAGAUUCCUUCCCUAAACUCAUUAAGUACAGUCUGAGCAUUCUGAAAGAACCAACCCAGCAGAUACCCUCAGUGGCCAGGCAGGUGGUCAGAGCAGUUGCUAUGGCAUCUCUUGCCAUGGUAUGUCAGCUAAUGGAGCAGCAAGCAAUUGGCCUGCAAACGUUUUCUCUUCUAAAACAACUCAACGAGCACUUCUACAAGCCAGUGCCGUCUCCCUGGCAAAGUCAUUCAGCUCUGGGUCGCUUCAAUGAGAGGCUGCUGAAACCUCACAUAACGAACAGCUUGAGUAACGAAGGUUGGCAGAGUCUUCUGCAAGACUGGGGUCGCACAGCUGCCCACUUCAUGCGGGACCAGUGGAUUUGCCUGAGUUUCCUCAUCAACACACUCGGGGUUCAAGAUUCUGAGCUUCCCAAAAACAAAGAGACUGUCAUAGCUGCUCUGAGUUGCUGCGUGGACGCUCUCGCUCUUCUGCCCAGCGACCUGGUGCUGCCCGUUAUCGCCUUCAUGGAGACGGUGCUGCCACAAUUGGUACAUGAGGAUGAAGCCCUCUGUGUGGAAGCUGUGAGUCGGUGCUGGGAGCUAGUGCAUGGGCUCAGCAAUAACGCCCAUGACUUUUGGCCUGCCCUCAAAGGCUUCAUCUCAGUGGCCUUCCAUCAAACGCUGCUGCUGCUCACAGACAGUCAGGCCCCAGUGCUGACGACAACUGUGAAACAGAUUGCUGUUGAGAUCAUGGAGUUGUCUGAGUCCAAGAACGGAGUUUUUAGUGUGCUGCUGGAACACUGUUGUCAAACAUGGUUGCCUGCUAGUGACCAAAGCAGGAACCCAGAUGACGGCACUUUCUCCAGUGUUUUUAGUCACAUUAACAUCAUGGCUGAGGGCUGCAUUUAUGGCCCUGUGUUCAGGAGAGAUCAGCGGCUUGUUCAAGAUGUCCAGGCAUAUGUGGAGCAACUUGGUGAGCUAUGUGCCACCAACGCCGUGGUCACCAGUGACAACAGAGAUGACCAGCUACCUCGCAUGUACACACUGGCUUUCCUUAGUCGCCUGGAUGCUUCUAACCUUUUGCACGAACGACUGAUGGAGAAGCUUGUUGUCAUUCUCUUAGAAAAGGACAAGAACAUGUCAAAGUCAGUGCGUAUCUCCAGUAACUCUCUACAACAUCGUGUGAAAAACAGAGUAUGGCAGACACUGCUAAUGAUGCUGCCCAAAUUCAAAGAGGAGUUUGUGGCCUCUAUACUGAGCAGUGUCUUUGAGGCUGGCUUCCGCAGUAACCAGGCUUCAGUCAAGUACAUGAUUGAGUGGACGAUGAUUCUGAUCCUUGUCCGUUAUCCAAAACAUAUAGACAGCUUUUGGGCAUGCUUCAACAUGCAUCAUGAAGGAACCAAGACUGGCAUCUGCACCUUCCUGGCAGUCCUCGUGCAUUUCGCUGUCAUCAUUCCCAAACUUCACGAUCCAGAUUUGCAUUUGGCAAAAGCACUGGACAUCAGCCUUCAGUGGUGUUUCCACCAUAACUUCAGUGUGCGUCUGUAUGCCCUGCUGUCCUUGAAGCGGGUUUGGAGCUUGGUGGAGGUCCGAGGAGAGAAGACAGUUGAUGGUCUGAGGGGGCUGUCCACUGUCGUCAAGGCCUGUCUGCACCAGACUGAGGCCUUGAAGAACACGGGGAAUGCCAACAAGAACUGGACCAGGAUUCAAGAGCACUUUUUCUUUGGUGCCUUUCAUCCAAUCAGGGAUUACAGCAUUGAGACCAUAUUCUACACUUUUCCAAGUCUGUCAGGGUUGGCUGAUGAUGAGUGGAUUCCUCCCUGGAAGCUGGAGAAGCUGUCAUGCUUUUCUCAAACGCCUCCUUUGAGGAAUACCGCUCCCAACCUGAGCCAGCUCCAGCCCGGAGACUGGAUCCAGCAGCAUAAAAGUGAGGAGGAGAAGGAGGAGCGCUGGGCUGAGGUGCAGAAGAAAAUAACCCCCUGGAGCUUGGACAUCCAGGAGCAGGACCCAGAGCUUCAGCUGGUUCCCCUGAAGAGAGCAGCUCGCGUGGGCAAGCAGCAUGGCGCCCUGCUGGUGGUCGCCUCACUCAUCGACAAACCCACAAACCUUGGAGGCCUGUGCCGGACCUGUGAGAUCUUUGGUGCCAGUGCGUUGGCGCUGGACAACCUCCGCCACAUCACUGACAAACACUUUCAGUCCCUCAGUGUCUCAUCUGAACUUUGGCUCCCUCUCCUGGAGGUAAAGCCGUUGGAGCUGACAGACUUCCUGCAGGUAAAGAAGAGUGAGGGCUACUGUAUUGUCGGUGUGGAGCAGACCGCUAACAGUCAGAGCCUUCAGGACUACCAGUUUCCUGAGAAGACUCUCCUACUUCUCGGUAACGAACGAGAAGGCAUCCCCGCCAACUUGCUCCAGCUGCUGGACGUGUGCGUGGAGAUCCCUCAGCAAGGGGUCAUCCGCUCACUUAACGUGCAUGUGAGCGCUGCCCUGCUGAUCUGGGAGUACACUCGCCAACGCCUCACCCCCACCUCCAGUCAAGACAAGUCAAAACAUGGCUGAAACCAAACCACCUGACAUCCGUUCCUAAGGCGUUUGCUUGUUAUCAGUAAACAAAUGUAGCGUUUCAAUCUUCAUGCAAACCACAGUGCAAACACAUCAGCCUGUUCAUCAUGGAAGUUUGUUUGUAGUCUUAUGUACAUCUCUGUUGCCUUAAUGGGUCACGAAAUGUAGAUCAACACUGCUUAUUCCAUCCAAGUAUUCCACUGAGCAUCAUGUUCAGAAUAAUAAUACCCAUUUCAGUGCUUGCAGAGGAGCAACAGCAAUUCAAAUUUGUACUGUCUUCUCCAAUGAGGCAAUUACUUUUUGACUCACAGGAACUUUAAAGACCAGUCCAUAAAACACCCUGUGCUCGAAAACAUUUAACAUUUUCUUGAUGUUUUUAUGUCAACCGGUGCCACUGGGUGAACUCUGAACUAUUAGUGUGAUCCAAAACAGUUGUGGUUUUUCUGGUCCAGUUCACUUUCUGUUUUCCUCCUCUUUGUGCAAGAGGCGGUGUACACCCUGGACUGGUUGCCAGCCAAUAGCAGUGCACAAUAGACAAACAACCAUUUGCACUCGCGUUCACUCCUAUGGACAAUUUAGUUUGGGGAUUUUCUAGUCUUAACACAAACAAUUACUUUUAAACUCAUCUGUCAAAAUACAGUUGCGUGGUGAGGCAAAACGUGAAUAGUCAUUUUCAUUUAGAUGUAAGUGUUUAAUGUUUUGGUUAAACACAGAUGGAUUGGAAGCAGUCAUGGUGAUUGAGUGGGUACCACAUCCACCUCACAGUUCUUAGAUGUGGAGUUUGAAUCCCGGCUAGGGCCUUCCUUUGCGGAUUAAAUUUGCAUGUUCUCCCUGUGCUUACAGGGUUUUUUUCCAUGUAGUCUGGCUUCCUCCCCAUUCCAAAAACAUCCUUCAUUGGUUAAUUCAUGACUAACUUGUCCUUAGGUUUGAAUUACUAUUUUAUUUCUAGUCAAAACUAAUUAAAAUGAGACUUAUCACGUAAAAAAUGAAAAAUUGCCAGUGGAGUGUAAAAAAAAUAAAUAAUAGUAAUUUAAAUUAGCUUGAAACAAUUCAAAAUUGCCUAAAAAUAUGGUGAUGAGUCUUAUUUUUAAAAGAUUUUGUUUUUUUUGUAUUGUGGGUGUUUAUUUUCAGUUUUUUUUUUUUUUAAAACGCUGCCCGUAUCAGGUCGCUUUCAUUGCUAGAACUACAUGUGCUAAAUCUAGUUGAAUGCUAGUUUAUGACAGGACACCUUGUGAAACACUCUUUGCAAAUUUCUGCUUUUUAAUAGAUGGACUUGCGUUAUUUUUUUAAAGAAGUCAAUCAGGUGACUGUGAGGCUAUAAAAAAUACAUUAUUGCAUGAUCAUGCGUGCCUUCAUUUCUUUUUUUGUGUAGUCGUUAUACUGUAUAUACUACAUUUCCAACAUUGUUGUCUGUUACCCAAAUCAAAAGGUCCUUAUAAACAACCUAUUUCUUCUUUAAUAGAGCUUGAGACGAGCCAAAAUGUUUUUAAUAUUCCUUUAUUUUUUUUCCAAUGUCUAAAAGUUCAAUCAAAUUUCAGAAGGGUACUUUCCAAAAUUAGGAUUAGCCCACCCAAAGUACUCGAUUUAGACUCGCCCCUGGUUUGAAUAAGGAAUAAGUGUGGUUGUUUGUCUAUGUGUGCCCUGUGACUGACAGCCAAGCAGCCCAGGGUGUAACCCGCAUCUCGCUUAAAGUCAGCUGGGACAGGAUGCAGCUCGCUCACGACCCUAAUGAGGAUAAGCUGUAUAGAAAAUCAAUGGAUGGAUGAAUAUGAGUUGGGUUGAAUCAGUGUCUUUUGGGUUUUUUUUGUGUGUGUUUAUUAAACAAUUUUAUGAUAUACUUUACAUAUUUUGAAGUUGAACUGUUUUGAGUAAAUAAAGGUGUGGUUGUAUCUUA